UACACUUCUUCUCUCUUUAAGAUUGAAGGCCUGCUCUGCUCGGAGAAGCUUCGUCGUUCAUCCGCUAUCUAGGGCUUUCCAUGGAGUGGCCGCACCGGACACUCUCGCCGCCGCUUGACUCGCUCCGCAUCUCCUUACCAUGCUCUAGCAUCAGGUUCUCGCGGCUGUACAACACUAGCCGCUCCGUCCGAGCCAGAAUCCGAGCCCAUCUUGCCCUUACCGUUUCCUCCCACACGAAUCCUCUACGUUUAUCCCCUCGUUUGCUGAAGGCUCAAAAUGCAACAGUCGGGAGCCAAUCUAAUAUUGCUAGUUCCGAAAGCUCUGAAUGGGCUAUGCAAGAUUUUUAUGGCUUGAGGAAGGACGUUCAAGCUGCUGCAGCGCGUGUUGAGGAAGUAAGGAUUGCUACAGGUCUGGAACGGCUAGAAGCAGAUUUAGGUGUUCUGGAGAGGAAGGCUGCUGAUAGUUCUCUGUGGGAUGAUCGUCAUAAAGCUCAGGAAAUACUUCUUGCAUUGACUGAUGUAAAGGAUAAAAUCAAACAGGUCAACGAAUUCAAAUCUCAGGUGGAGGAAGCUGAAACAAUAGUUAAACUGACUGAGGAGUUGGAUUCCAUUGAUACUGGACUGCUUGAAGAAGCUUCUAAAAUAGUUAGAGAUUUAAACAAGGACAUGGAUCAUUUCGAGUUGACACAGCUUCUAUCCGGUCCUUAUGACAAGGAGGGAGCUAUAAUUGCUAUUACUGCCGGUGCUGGGGGCACAGAUGCUCAGGAUUGGGCUGAUAUGUUGUUAAGAAUGUAUGCAAGAUGGGGGGAGAAAAAGGGUUACAAAAGUAGAGUAGUUGAGAAAUCUUGGGGAGAGGAAGCUGGGAUCAAGUCAGCCACAAUUGAAAUUGAAGGGCGCUUUGCUUAUGGAUACCUCUCUGGGGAGAAAGGAACACACCGAAUUGUUCGGCAGUCUCCCUUUAAUGCUAAAGGUCUUCGCCAGACAAGCUUUGCUGGUGUGGAGGUCAUGCCUCUUCUGCGUGAAGAAUCCAUAAACCUUGACAUACCAGAAGAAGACUUGGAAAUAAGUUUCUCUCGAGCAGGUGGAAAAGGAGGCCAGAAUGUCAAUAAGGUCGAAACUGCUGUACGGAUUGUUCACAUUCCAAGUGGUGUUACAGUACGCUGCACUGAGGAGAGAUCUCAGCUGGCUAAUAAGAUCAAGGCGCUCAGUCGUCUGAAGACAAAGUUGCUUGUCAUAGCCGAAGAACAACGAGCUGCUGAGCUGAAGCAGAUAAGAGGGGAUGCAGUGAAGGCUGAAUGGGGGCAGCAGAUAAGAAACUAUGUGUUUCACCCAUACAAGCUUGUGAAAGAUGUGAGGACUGGGAUCGAGACUUCUGAUAUCACUUCUGUAAUGGAUGGAGAUUUGGAUUCUUUCAUCAAAGCUUAUCUUAAAGACAAGUACAGUGCAGCUGCGAGUGAAAUGAGCAAACUUUGAUUCAAGUUGGUUGUGAAGUAGGAAAUUGACUCACUAGAUGUGAAAACAUUCGGAAGAGAAAUGUUUCAGUGAGCCGUUUGUUGGCCGUUCAAAAUUUGAUGGCCAGGAUGAUGCAGCAGGUCAUUAGUUGAAGAUCUAUUGGUGUUUGGUUACUGGCUCAUUACCAGGUUUGGCUCUUGAUACAAUUUUAUGUAUAAUAUCAGUGCAAUCAUAUGUCGCCCAUUGAGAUGGUUUAGUUCUUAUUAAAAAAAAGUU